GAGGAGGAAGAGGAGGAGGAGGACGAGGAGGAGGAGGAGGAAGAUGAGGAAGAGGAGGAGGAAGAGGAGGAGGAGGAAGUGAAAGCUUUGGAGCGGAAGGAGGAGCGAGGGGGGGCCUGGCCUCCAGGUCUCCGCGCGAGCAGCUCACCCCAGGACGUCAGGGGGUCUCAGCAGGAGAAGGGGGGACUCAAGGCCCCAGCUCCCCGACAGACCGGGGUGCCCAGGUCUCCAGCACCCGACGAAGUGGGCCGGCCUGAGGUCCCCGCCACGGGGGGCCCCAAACCAGGGCCUCAGGGAAGGGGAUCAGCCCAGGCCCCAGCGCACCAGGGAACAGGGGAGCCCGACCCAGCUGAAAGCCAGGAAAGGGCCAUGAACAGGGCCUCCGAACCCCCGGGAACAGGGGUAGUUGUGACUCGGGCCCCCCGGGAGAAGGGGAAGACCAGCCCGGCAGCGCUUCAGGAGAGGAGGGAGCCGAGCCCCUCUGCCCUCCAGGAGAAGAGGGAGUCCAGUCCAGUGACCCCCCAGGAGAAGGGGGAGCCCAGCCUGCCAGCCCCCCGGGAGAAGGAGUCCAGUCCAGUGACCCCCCAGGAGAAGGGGGAGCCCAGCCUGCCAGCCCCCCGGGAGAAGGAGUCCAGUCCAGUGACCCCCCAGGAGAAGGGGGAGCCCAGCCUGCCAGCCCCCCGGGAGAAGGAGUCCAGUCCAGUGACCCCCCAGGAGAAGGGGGAGCCCAGCCUGCCAGCCCCCCGGGAGAAGGAGUCCAGUCCAGUGACCCCCCAGGAGAAGGGGGAGCCCAGCCUGCCAGCCCCCCGGGAGAAGGAGUCCAGUCCAGUGACCCCCCAGGAGAAGGGGGAGCCCAGCCUGCCAGCCCCCCGGGAGAAGGAGUCCAGUCCAGUGACCCCCCAGGAGAAGGGGGAGCCCAGCCUGCCAGCCCCCCGGGAGAAGGAGUCCAGUCCAGUGACCCCCCAGGAGAAGGGGGAGCCCAGCCUGCCAGCCCCCCGGGAGAAGGAGUCCAGUCCAGUGACCCCCCAGGAGAAGGGGGAGCCCAGCCUGCCAGCCCCCCGGGAGAAGGAGUCCAGUCCAGUGACCCCCCAGGAGAAGGGGGAGCCCAGCCUGCCAGCCCCCCGGGAGAAGGAGUCCAGUCCAGUGACCCCCCAGGAGAAGGGGGAGCCCAGCCUGCCAGCCCCCCGGGAGAAGGAGUCCAGUCCAGUGACCCCCCAGGAGAAGGGGGAGCCCAGCCUGCCAGCCCCCCGGGAGAAGGAGUCCAGUCCAGUGACCCCCCAGGAGAAGGGGGAGCCCAGCCUGCCAGCCCCCCGGGAGAAGGAGUCCAGUCCAGUGACCCCCCAGGAGAAGGGGGAGCCCAGCCUGCCAGCCCCCCGGGAGAAGGAGUCCAGUCCAGUGACCCCCCAGGAGAAGGGGGAGCCCAGCCUGCCAGCCCCCCGGGAGAAGGAGUCCAGUCCAGUGACCCCCCAGGAGAAGGGGGAGCCCAGCCUGCCAGCCCCCCGGGAGAAGGAGUCCAGUCCAGUGACCCCCCAGGAGAAGGGGGAGCCCAGCCUGCCAGCCCCCCGGGAGAAGGAGUCCAGUCCAGUGACCCCCCAGGAGAAGGGGGAGCCCAGCCUGCCAGCCCCCCGGGAGAAGGAGUCCAGUCCAGUGACCCCCCAGGAGAAGGGGGAGCCCAGCCUGCCAGCCCCCCGGGAGAAGGAGUCCAGUCCAGUGACCCCCCAGGAGAAGGGGGAGCCCAGCCUGCCAGCCCCCCGGGAGAAGGAGUCCAGUCCAGUGACCCCCCAGGAGAAGGGGGAGCCCAGCCUGCCAGCCCCCCGGGAGAAGGAGUCCAGUCCAGUGACCCCCCAGGAGAAGGGGGAGCCCAGCCUGCCAGCCCCCCGGGAGAAGGAGUCCAGUCCAGUGACCCCCCAGGAGAAGGGGGAGCCCAGCCUGCCAGCCCCCCGGGUGAAGGAGUUCAGUCAAGUGACCCCCCAGGAGAAGGAGCUGAGCCCAACAGCCCCCCAGGAAGAGGGGGAGACCAGCCCGCUGGUCCCCCGGGAGAAGGGGAAGCCCAGCUCAAUGGCCCCCCGGGAGAAGGAGGAGCCGAGCCUGACGGCCCCCCGGGAGAAGCGGGAGACCAGCCCGCCAGCUCCUCCAUUGGAGGGUUCCCUAGAGAAGAAAGGGGCUGCUAGACUACAAGAAGACAGGGGGGUCCCCCAGGAGGAGGCAGAAGGACCCCCGGAGAUCUCACAGGAAGGGGGUGUGGCUGUGACCCCCAACUCCCCUGCCCCUCCCCAGCUGUUGAAAGGGGAGGCACCAGUGGCCUCCCCCGGGGAGGAUGAGCCCCCUCCCCCGCUGCUGACCAAGGAGGGCCCCCCAAAUCAGGAGAGGCUGUCGGAGACCUGCCCAGCAUCGCCCUCCCCUCCCCCCAAGUGCCGGCGGAGGAGUGGCUCCAACUCAGAUUCCGACUCCACCUCCUCCGGGUCCCGCUCCAGCCGCUCCGCAUCCCCCACCAGGAAGCGCGAGGCCUCCCGCUCGCGCUCCAGCUCCAGCAGCAGCAGGAAGACGCGCAGCCCUGAAGCCUUGCGGGCCGGCUGA